UUGGAGGAGACAUGCAGGCUCUCAUCCUACUGAUAGCAGUGGCCUCUCUCCUUCCACCCAUUACCAGUCAGACUUGUAAAUUACUAGAGCAAUCGCUGGAUCCAUUGCAGAAGGGACCGGAUGAUGUCACUGUGAGGAGGGUGGAGCUGAACGGAACAGACAACGCGAGCUGCCUCAACGCCAACAGAGAGCAAGACUCACCACCGUGUCGUACCAUAGAGUUUGCCCUUCAGCCGACGUUAAACGUGGAGAACCGAUCAGUGACAGAGAACCUGACCAUAUACGUUGGAGCAGGGAUUUACAGGCCUGCCAACCAGGACGCUAUAGGCAUCAUUGACUCUAGGAACGUUCAACUCAUUGGGGCUGGAGUAGGCCAGACUGUGUUUUGGUGUGGGUUGUAUGGAGAGGAAGAUACUGCGUGCUCCUACAUGAACUUCCAGAUACGAAACUCCAAAUACGUAUAUCUGAGUAACAUGACGUUCACUCGCUGUGGACCCAUCACUUCGGCCGUCUACAUCUCCAGCUCCGAUUAUGUGGUCGUCAAAGAUUGUCAAUUCCGCGACAACAUCUCCCCACCUCUCCUGGUCCACAACACGUCUCCCUUCGUCCUCUAUCGGACCACCUUCACCAACAACCACCCCCAGGAACUCAAUGAAUCAGUCACUUCAGACACCUGCUACUCUUCUGGUGGAGUCGACAACUUUUUCCUCGACAAUCGGACGUCGUCUGGCGGACUCUCGCAAUACUCUGAGAAUGGGCCAACUCUGUUGUACAUUGAGCGGUGCGUUUUCGUGGAUAAUAAUGCCAGACCUGAUGACACGGUCUCUCUACCGAGGCAGUCGAAGGGAUAUGGACACGGUGCUGCAGCAAACAUCAGGCUCUCCAACAGCUCAAAUGGUCAGGUGUGCAUAAAGAGUUGUGAGUUUGAGGACAACCAAGCUGAGGCACAGGCUGGCGCUGUUGGGCUGACUGUGGGAGGACCCUCCACUAGAAACAACAUUGAGCUACUCAACUGCACAUUUUUCAACAACUCCUGUACUCUGGACAGGUGCACCGGUGGUGCCAUUGGUAUCGACUUCUUUGCUGACACCGCCUUCAACGAAAUUCUGAUUAAGGAGUCUGAAUUCAUUAGGAAUAAUGCCAGAGAUGGAAUGGGCGGGGCUAUUUCGCUCUCAACCACAGUCAAUGUGGUGACUAAAGAUGGAUUGUCAGACACACUUUUGUUGGAAGGAUGCUUGUUUAGUCAGAACCAGGCAUUUUACGAUGGCACGGCUGUGGGUGUGUUUUCUCUUACUCACACCGACCAGGUUGGACUCCCUGUCAACAUUACUGACUGUCACUUCCUGAACAACAGUGCAACUCGAGGUAGUGCUGACAGUACAGCGCUAACUGCCUACAGAGUCCUCCUCACGUUCAAUGGAAACUCAUCUUUUGUGAACAACUUUGGAGGUGGGAUGUCGCUCCUGGGAUCUCGAAUGGACGUCCAGGGAGAGGUCAACCUGGACAGAAACUUUGCUGUGUUUGGAGCCGGUAUUGCCAUGACUGGAAGGAGCCUGCUGCUCCUGUUUGAAGGUGCGGUCCUCAGUUUCACUAAUAAUGUGGCAGUAGACGAGGGAGCUGGGCUGUAUGUGGAGUACACAUCCGCUGAUUUUGUCCUGGCUAUUCUAAAUAGAGGCUGCUUCAUACAGUACUUCAGUCAACUGAUCGACGUUCCUCCUAAUGAAUGGAAAGCCACAGUUAGGUUUGUCAAUAACAGUGCUGGCAUAGCUGGGGCUGCGAUAUAUGCAAACGAUAUGUCGAGGUGCAGAUGGCUGGGCCCUACCAACUACACUACUUUUAUUUUCAACACACCAAGUGACUAUAAAUCACCGUUCAUUAUGGAGAACAACACACUUGAUCGUUCCAGCUCCAAAGAUACUCGACUGGCAACUGAUGCCUCUACUUUCUUUGCUACAACAGACUAUGGAGAUAGCCCCAUGGUUGGAUACGGGGAGACUGUGUCAUUUCAUCUAAACUCGACUGACCAGUUCAGCAACUUCAGGGAAUCAGUAUGGACCUUUAAGACUGCGUAUCAAGACCAGAGUUUGGGUGCUCUUUCCACCAAUGAGACUGUGUUUGAGUACGUGGUGCCUGGAAGGGGAGACAGAGACAGUGUCAACAUCUCCGCAAACUUCUCUCUUAUCGGAGGACAGACCUCAGUUUCGAGUGUACUGCUCCAGGUCCAGGGCUGUCAUCCGGGCUAUAUGUUGCAAGAGAAGACGCAGACCUGUGUCUGUGAUUUCAGCAGCAGUAUCAUUGUCCAGUGUGAUACUGCUAACAGAUACUUUUAUGCCAGGGAUGGAUACUGGGUUGGUGUGAAGUCCAAAUCCUCGGCUCUCAUAUACUCCACAACUGUGCCGGGUUUUCUCAACUGCACACGGCAGGGAGCCCUCCCCGGCUGUGAGAUAAGAUAUGACAGCCUCGAGGAUCAGUGUGCUCAGGGGAGGCAGGGAACACUGUGUGGUGAUUGCAAAGAGGGUUAUGGAGUCACUUUUGACCUUCGUUUCUGCCGUCGUUGUGGUGCUGGAGGGAUUGUUCUCUUUGUCUUCAUUUGUAUAAUGACGGUUAUAGUAUCUCUACUGAUUCUAUUCUACAAUCUCCCUCUACCCGAUGAGCUGAAGGGGUUUGUCUUCUUUGCUCAAGUGAUUGGUCUUAUCUACCGCAAUGCCCCCUACCUUGUGGGUCAGAAUGAUAGUAAUGCUCUUUUUGAUACACUGGGUUUCUCACUACCGUUCCAACUUUGCCCAGCUGAGAACAUUCCCGCUUUUGGCAUAGCUCUGCUGGGAUUUGUUCCACCUCUCCUCGCCACCUCUGUUGCCAUCAUCUAUAUAUUCUUUGCAAAGAGGUCCAAGUACCUGAGUGAGAGGCAGUCUUUCAACGGCUUCCACUUUCUCUAUGUGUUUGUGUACAAAUACUUCCUCGAUACAUCCUUCAUCUUCAUCAGCUGCACACUUUUGGGAGAUAACUAUGUGUUCUUGUAUCAGGCACGAUGCAGUGUUUUGAGUAUCCAUUUGUGCUGCUGUUCACCGUUGGUCUGCUGUUUCUACUGGGGCUGGGAGUGAUCCUGCCGUCUCUCUUGCUCUAUCUCCUCUACAGACCUGGAGUAUGUGUACCUCUGUGCACGCUAUAACACACAUGAUGUUGGCUACAGCAUCCAUGUACACUCAUUUCCUGAUCAACACUGUCUUGUAAGCACAUUCUACACCCGGCAGCUUUCUUAGAAAAAAAGUGUUGUCCUAGGUGUCGUUGAUAAUCACUUGCCUUGUGAUUACACCCCGUGAUUAAUGGUACUCUGUCACAGAAACAUGUGCAAGCAGCUGAUGCUCUGUCGCGAGGGCUCAAGACCAGAAGACGCUACCGCUGGUAUGGAGUCUGGGACGUCUGGCGUCGCAUUCUCUUUGUUGCUGCCAACCUCUUCAUAUCCGUCACAACCAGAAACAUUGUACUACUGAUCCACUGUCUUCUAAUACUGACGUGUCUCUCCAUCGUCUGCUUUGUAAAGCCCUACAAGAAGGCCCACAUCAACAUCUCAGAAGCCAUCAUACUCUUCUGCCUCUUUGGGGCGACCCUGGCAAUUUUAGAUGACGAGGAUGUGAAUGUAGGAAUCAACACCAGCAUUGUGUUUGCUGUUCUUCCUUACAUCUAUGCACUGGUGUACAUUGUGUAUAGAGUGGCAAAGACCCUUGGAAAAUACAUUUGGAAUAAAGCAGAGAAAAGUGAAUCAGAGAAAGUAAAGACAAGGGUGGAUAUGUUUAUUGCUAAGUAUAAACGCCUCAAGGAGAGCAAGCCAUACGGUAUGGUGAUGGCUGUCGUUGACAUGGUAACAGAGGAGGAACGUACCACAUCAAGGGAAACAACUCAGACUACUGAGCAGGGUGGCAGGUUAUCAAAAGGUUUAUCGAGAGAGAGGUCCUGUGAGGGAGACACGGAGGAGACGAGGGACAGACUGUGUUGGACCCCAGUGGCAUUGAGCUGCUGUACAGGUCUGGGACUAUUGUUGCUGAGCUCAGGGAGCCUCUACUGGAAGAACAGUAGCUCUUUUAUAGACUUGUAAAAUGUGUGUUCUGUUUAGUGCCGAA